AUGCCUCGCUCCCUAGAUGAUACUCGACGGCAUGUGCAGGUCCUCCCUGAGAGAAUAGGCGCCGUUGCUGGAUCGGAAUUCCCUGGACAUUAUCCGGGAGAAGAUCAUUCAUGGAAUUUACAGAAAUUCAAAGAGAAUCUCAUCACAUCUGUGCAACGCUUAACACCUUCAACCAUCGAAUUUGACUUAGUCGGAGUAGACGCAUCUAUAGCGAAUGCUUUGAGGAGAGUGAUGAUUGCUGAGGUCCCUACCAUUGCCAUCGAAGAGAUAUACGUAUGGAACAACACAUCUAUCAUGCAAGAUGAAGUGUUAUGUCAUAGAGUUGGAUUGGUACCAUUGAAGAUUGAUCCCAGGUCAUUGAAGUACAGGCCAUCACCUCACUCUGCCCCUCACGAAACGGAUACGAUAGUCUUCGACCUUUCCGUACGAUGCGACCGUCGUCCGGGAGUAGACAAAUCAGAGAAAGACCCCAAAAAACUAUAUUUCGAUUCCAAUGUCUAUACGGGAAUGAUGAAAUGGUCACCUUCAGGAGAUCAAUCAAGGAAAUAUAAAGGGAAGGAACCUAAACCCGUAGAUAGGGAUAUACUCUUGUGUAAAUUGAGACCGGGUCAACAGAUUGAUUUGCACUGUUUCGCGAGGAAGGGAGUGGGUAUGGAUCAUGCGAAGUUCAGUCCUGUUGCGACCGCCUCUUACCGACUUCUCCCACAUAUAAUCCUCCGUGAACCCAUCCCUAUAGAACAUCAACAGAAAUUCCAGAAAUGUUUCCCAGAAGGUGUCAUUGAAAUCGAGAAUGAUCAAGUGGUAGUGAAGAACCCACGAAAAGAUACGGUCAGUAGAGAAGUGUUGAGACAUCCUGAGUUCGCCGAUAAGGUGUCGUUGAAUAGGAUAAGGGAUCAUUUCAUCUUCAACGUGGAGUCAACAGGUCAAUACAACCCUGAAGAACUAGUUCCAGAAGCUAUCAAGAUCCUUUUAUCUAAGAUCUCAGCAGUGGAAGAAGGUUUGGACAAGCUGUUCGCCUCGGAGGGUCAAGUGGCUUAG